GUGAAGUGAGACACUCCAAAGCCGGUUUGAUAAAGGAGCCAUGGGACAGAGACAGGAAACUCGCCACUUCCUUUCGCGGGAGCGGUGGGGUUUAACUCAGCCGCAGUGAAACAGACGCCUGCAGCUUCAAAAAGAACGCCUGCACUUUGAAGAAAACAAAACUCGACACAGGUGGAGGCGAAAUUCCCCGAGAGAAAGCCGAGGGCCAACGUGGAGCAGAGAUCUCCCCCAAAACCCAACUGAGGGUGAACUUCAUUUUUAGUAAAUAGUGACGGGGAUCUAGUAGCUGUGGAGUCAGUGAUGUUGAACUGGCAUCCUCCGAGAAUGCAGCACUCCCUCAGUGCUAGAAUGAAGUGUCAGCUUAAACCUGUGUUCAGACCCUGAUGUGCCAUUUGAGCCAAGAAUGCCAUGACUCUGAGGGGAGUUUGUGGGCAGCAAAUUUUUGUCUCCGUCCGAAAGCAUACAGUUAGAUAUUUGCAAACAGUUGCAGCUGACCAACCCGCUCUACUGGGGAAGGAAGAAUGUAACUAUAGCAGAAUGGCUGUGAUUACUGUCUCUGCAAGUGGAACUGAUUGCUGUGGCUUGUGCUCCCAGAGCGACCGGUAACCAGGGAGCUGACUGAAUUUGUGAAAAUAUCGGUUUUGGAUUGAGUGCUUGCAGUGACAUUAAAGAUGAACAGUCUUCACGGUGGGAUCCCAUCAGGGUUUGGAUCCAACAGCAGCGGACAACCUCGCCCGUUAUUGGCAGAAACUGCUACCCAGGCGAUUCUUUAUCUGCUCAUACUAAUCGUUGGCCUUCCGUUGAACAUCCUGGUCCUGCUGUUAGUCUACAAGUGUAGAUCUUUGAGGAGCAUCGCCAAUAUAUUUGUGGUCUCCCUGGCGUUAGCUGAUUUUUUAAUUGCUCUUUUAGGCCUGCCUGUCGUCAUCAUAGCAACCAUUGCCCAGAGUUGGCCCUUUGGUGGGACAUUUUGCCAAAUCUCGGGCUUCCUAACGUUCUCACUGAGGAAUGUCUCCAUCCUGUCAGUGGCUGGCAUCGCUGUGGACAGAUAUUACGUCAUUGCGAAGCCCUUUAUACUGACCAUAACCAGGGACAGAGCUCUGAAGAUGAUUGUCUUCCUGUGGUGGAGUGGCCUGCUCUGUGGAGUCCCACCGCUCUUUGGCCUUGGGCUUUACAGGUUUUCUCCCACAAGGAGUUUGUGUGACUACAGCUGGCCUGACGGAGGUUCCAGUCUGGUGUAUGGGAUCUACCUCUUUAUUUGGAUCUACCUGACCUCUUUGCUAGUAAUCGUCGUUUCCUAUUACUUAAUCUACCAGGUCACCCGUGAGCACGUGAAGUAUAAAGCACAGCGUUUUGCCAAUAACCUGUCUGCCAGGCCAGAAGACAGCUCAAUUCCCAGUGAACUGAAGUCCUUCAGACUGCUGCAGGCCAGCCUUUCAAGAAAAUGGGCGAGUUUCAUGUCUUCCAAUUCGGCUUUUAAUCUGAAUGCCAGCAUCCCUUCUGACGUAGCAAUGGAGUCUAAGACAACGAAAACCAUCAUUGCUGUGAUAACAACCUGCCUUGUUACCUGGCUUCCCUACUUCAUUCUGAACUUCUGCUGCAGCUCUCUGUCCAACAGCAAACCUCCCAGAAUGCUGGACUUCCUCGCCACUUGGCUGACCUUUGUGAACUGUGUUCUGAACCCCGUCCUCUACGCUCUCCUGAACCGUCAGUUCAGGCACUGUCUCGGGGAGAACAUGCGCCUCUGGUUUCAACCCUUUGCUCAGCAAGCCUCAGAUGAUGCCCCAAGGUCAGCUGGCACCACCCACAAUGGGGGCAUCACCAGAAGCCGGGCUAAUGUUGGCGAUUGCUCAGCUCCCUUCUCCACCAUUCGAGAUUUGCCGAGGCCAGCAUCCCCAGCAUUCCCUGUGGAUUCCUCACUCUUCAGGAACCCUCUGGUGAGGUCACCAUCAGCAUCCUUUCAGCAGAGAGCUGUUCCUGCUCAGAGACAUCACAGUCACGCAGCAGUGGGAAACUGAGCCCUGUAACAAACUGACCCUGGCAACGGUCAGUGAGUCCUGGCAACGGACAGGAAUCUCUGCCAACGGUCAGUGAGCCCUGGCAACGGACAGGAAUCUCUGCCAACGGCCAGUGAGCCCUGGCAAUGGACAGGAAUCCCUGCCAAUGGUCAGUGAGCCCUGGCAACUGACAGGAAUCCCUACCAAUGGUCAGUGAGCCCUGGCAACGGACAGGAAUCCCUGCCAACGGUCAGUGAGCCCUGGCAACGGACGGGAAUCCCUGCCAACGGUCAGUGAGCCUUGGCAAUGGACAGGAAGCCCUGCCAAUGGUCAGUGAGCCCUGGCAACGGACAGGAAUCCCUGCCAAUGGUCAGUGAGCCCUCAUAAUGAUCAGUGAUCUCCGGAAAUGGGCAGUGACUUCUCCUCUUCCCAGUGGCAAAUAUCAUUGACCAAUGGCCAGUGACCACUCAGCAAUGAGCCAUGAUCACUAAUAAUGGGCUUUGAUCGCCAGCAAUACACAGUGAUCCACAGGAAUGGGCAGUGUGCACCCAAUCCUGGUUUUCUGAUAUUGAAGCAUAUGUGGAUCAUUUUAAAUGACAGUUAACAGGAGAUCAUCUGCAAGUGAAAAUAGGGCAAGACUUUGUCCAUCAGGACAGGUGCAGAACAGAAAGUGUUUCAGAAUUGCCUAGGAUUAGAUCCAAGGAGGAUUUAGCUUCAGAUUGUCUACUGAUGGAUUGACCUGUCUCCCAGUGGCUGCAGCUAGGACACUAUUUCUACUUUUAUAGUUGGAUCCUCCUGAAAGAAAAACAUUGGCAGCGCAAGGCUUGGUGUUCCCCCAGUUCAAUAGAUUCACCUGGCAGACACAAGACCCAAUAUCAGGGAUCGAUGAGCAGCAGCAGCAAAACAAAUAGCCCCUCAGGCCAGAGCCUGUGAAUUAUCAAACGAAAAUGUUUAGCCUAUAACAACAAAUUGUUGCUGAAUUAAACUCUAACGCUUCCUGAUUUACUAAAAGUGUUCUUACAAUUCCCACAGAUUGUUGGGAAUGUGAAUGAGGGGAUCCGUGUGUCAUUGGAACCUCGAGCUACAGUCCCAGAACUGAUGACAAAUGGAAUAAAUGAUAAUCAGGUUCAAACUCUAAAGCCAGGAUUGUGCUGUUAAGUGGGUUCUAUGUUGGAAAUCUGUUCACCCCUCAUUCUUUAAAGCCCAGCUGGAGGCUGUUUUUUUUUCCCCUUUGGCUGUGUGAUUUCUCGUUGAGAAUUUGUUGCGGUUAAGAUUCAGGUACUUUUUCUGCGGCAAGGAUAAGCCUCCAGGGGCUUGCAGUGUUCAGGCAACUCAGUCAGUCUUGAUGCCAAGUGUUGAUAAACUGACACACUAUGGGAGGCAUCACCUUCUCUCACUGAUGUGCAGAGCCACAUUAGUGCAGACACAUUUAGCACAGAGUGUUUGGAGGCUAUUUUAUUCUUCUAUAAUCAAACAGUGUUUAGAUUAGAUUCCCUACAGUGUGGAAACAGGCCUUUUGGCCCAACAAGUCCACACCUCCCCUUGAAACAUCCCACCCAGACCCAUUCCCCUAUAACCCACAAACCCCUGCACACUAUGGGCAAUUUAGCAUGGCCAAUCCACCUAGCCUGCACAUUUUUGGACUGUGGGAGGACACUGGAGCACCGGAGGAAACCCACGCAGACACGGGGAGAAUGUGCAAACUCCGCACAGACAGUUACCCAAGGCUGGAAUCGAACCCGGGUCCCUGAUGCUGUGAGGCUGCAGUGCUAACCACUGAGCCACCGUGCUGCCCCAAAGUGUUGGAUAGGCGCCUGUGUCUGUGAAUCUCUCCCAGAGUGGUAGGUCAGGGCAUGAUAGGGAAAGGUAUAACGACCAUAUUUUACUACAAGAUGCACUAUCGCUUGAGGAGGUUGACAAAGACAUUGCAAGCAGCAACACUUUUUAGUUCAUGUGGUCAGGAAGUUUAUUUAUCUGCUGUGUAGGUGCAAGGAUUUCCAGAUUUAGGACAUGUUUUGAAUGAUAUCAGUCUCAAUGGUGAUUACAGGUGAUUUAGCGCCGGCUCUGAGCUAUUGGUGCUGGAAUUUUGAUAUCCUGCCCGCGCUGGAGUUUCUUCUCGCAUUCAACUAAAUAGUUGACUCCAUCGACCACCAACUGAACCAGCUCCACCUAAAGAAGGAAAUUCAACAUUCCAGUUUAAUCUUUUAUAUUUGAACAAGGGGCAUUCACAACAGCUUGAUUAUUUUGCUGGAAAUAAAACUCUCCCCAUUUCCCUGCCAUGUCUCCUCACCUCCUCCCUCAAUUUCUAACCCCUCCUGCCACACAACCCAUUUCCACAAAGAAGCCCCUCACUUACCUCCCCCCCUCCCUGUCCUUCCCCACAUCUGUCAUUCUGAACCUGCACUAAUCCCUUCCCGCUCUGAUCCAACCUACUGCCUAAAGAAUCCCAUCCCCUUUCCCACAAACUCUCCAAAGUAUGGAUUGUUCUCCAGCAGCCUGAACUUGCAAAAAAAUGAAAAAUAUCUCCCGUUACAUCAGAGAUAGUAAGAACUGCCGAUGCUGGAGUCAGAGAUAACACAGUGUGGGGCCAAAUGAACACAGCCCCAUUUCUGAAGAAGGGUCCCACCCUGAAAUGUCAACUUUCCUGCUCCUCUGCUGCCUGGCCUUCUGUGUUCCUCCAGCUCCAUACUGUGCUACCUCUUACUCCUGUUACAUCAGGUUUCAUACUUGGAUAGCAAAUAUUGAACAGUCCUGAAUGUGCCAACAGCUCUGUUCACAACCAAUUUCAAUAUUCGAGCAAGUUUGUAACAUCGCUCAUUUAGAUUUGCUUGAAGUCAAGUUCACUCCCUGCAAACAAAAGAAAUAUGUGCAAACCUUCUACCUUUUUGCGAAUUACCCAGGUGCCUAGGCUCUCUAUAAUUAUCCAUUGUUUUCCGCCUUACAAUGCCGCAGCCAAUCUAUCGGCACCCUUUUCUCCUGAAAAGUUUUGACCCCGCGCGUCUAUUCAGCAAACCCCUCUCAUCCAUCAUCUGGCCUAACCCCUCUCCCUCUCACACAGGGGUGUUGCUGGUUGAGGACAGUAACUUGCCUCAGAUUUGCCCAGACGGUCCAGGUUCGAGAUAUCGAACACGCUGCCCACAGCCGCAGUGUCCACACCCCCUGUCCCUCGUUUCUGCAAACGCAGGUUCUCCAGGAUCUUUGAGAAGCGAGGAUCCUGAAUCAGAAAUAAAAGUUAGAUAACCAGUAGCAUGCAUCGGACUGAAAGCUAUUAAAAUCCAGACGUAUGGGUUUCUCAUGUUUUGGCCAAGUGAUGAAGGGCUGGAGUUGAAAUAGUAAUUGCUGGUUUUGAGGUUUUAAGGAAAGGGAAAUAUGGUUUUUAUAGAACAGCUCACAUUCAACACUCAAAUCAUUGCAGUAUCUUUCCCCUACUUGUUAAACAGGUUGUUCUGAGGAACCAUCAAUUUGAAUGCCAGGUUGCCAACGUGACUUGGGCAUCUUACUGGAGAUUUUAUCACAUGACCUUCUGCAGCCAAUCAGCUGUCCCAGACACGCUCACUGUUGGUCAGUUGAUGUCCAUCCCGAUCACACUGUCUCGGGGCCAUAAAGGAAGGAGAUGGUCUCUUUUGUUCCAAUCUAAACAAGGAACUAACUUACAUCUCCGUAUAACCUUCAAUUUUUUUAAAGUUGACUCAUUUACACAUUUUGACACAUGUUUGGGGCAGGUGGAAUUUGAAUCUGGACCUUCUGGUCCAGAGUUUCAGACACUAGCACUGUGCAACAAGAGCCUGUAUCUUUCCAUUUCAGGACCAAAGGGAGAUCAUUCACACCAGGACCCAGUGCCAUGAAUGAGUCACUUUACGAAAGGACUUGGUUGUUUUAGUUAAGGCUGUGCUGUCCACUGGGAACUGCACAGAGACGGUGAUUUCCCCUGUACUCCAAAUAAACUCACAUUAUCUCCAGCCGCAGCUGGUAUUUACUUCUUGAUUGAGGUUGGUAAUUUGUUUAUUAGAAAAUGAAGGGGAUGAGUGAAUGGCAGUGAUCUGAUAGGACCUGAACAGUCACUAGGAUAUUGACAGGUUUUAUUUUCCUCUCUGGAUCUGCUCAUUACAACAAGAUGUAUGACUUUAGUUUCACGACCUCAGAGAGCCUAGAGGCAAAGUAAGGCUCUCUCUACAUUGUCCCUACCAAAUUCUUCCAGGAUAGGGACACCAUGGGCUAGGAUAUACAGUAGAGUUCCUUCUGCAUUGUCCACUUCAAUAAGCCCAGCCCUUAACACCUGUAGAACCUCCUAUAAUAUCUUUGUUGUCAUUACUGUUUUCUAAACCAAUCAACCUGUGGACUUUUCAAGUCACGUUCUGUUUAAUACCAUUCCAUUUUAGAACAGUCUGUUUAGAUUCUUGUGAGCAGGAAUCGCUGAUGGAAUCUCUGCCCCCUAAUUUGUCGCUUAACUUCACAAGGAAUUCAUUUACAGAUCUAAAGGAGAGAGGCCCACUCUAUUUCCUUUCCUUUCACUGAUAUUCUCAGCACUUUAAGUGUUGUUAAGAAUGUUUUGCAGUCUGGAAUGAAUUGAUUGCAGAAUCAUGUACAAUGGAGAGUAAAUGAUAUUCAUUAGAAUCCGGUACACAACAUAGUCAAGCCCAGUUGGAAAAUGAAAUUGAAAUGGUACCUUGCUGAGCAUCGGUAGUUUGAUGUGUACCCCAGCUCGGAGCCCAGUGCCCAGGUUUGAUGGGCAUGUCAAGAUGUAGCCAAGUCUCUCAUUCCACAUAAACUCCCAGCCUUUCUCAGCGAUCAGUUUCUCAACCUGAAAAAAAACAUUUUUGUUUCAAAUCUCAGAUUUGUGUUCCGUCUUCCUAAAGCUGGCAAGAAUGAAUAGACUCAUGCAAUUACACUGAACGUACAAUACGAAAACAUGACAUUUGAUUCUGUGCUGCAGUUUAGUCUCCACAUCAGCCUCCCUCAGCCCUCUUUCACAUAACCCUGGCAAGAUAACAUUCUCCAUUCCCUUUUCUUUCGUUUGUUCAUGUAGUUUUCCCUAAAUGUAAUCUAUACUGUUUACCUCAACUACUCCAUGUGUUAGGGAAUGCUGGACAUUCUUAUCACUGCCUGGAUAAAUGAGUUGACCUCUCCUAAAGUGUAAUAAUGGUUACUGAACCAACAAGUUGUCAGUCUCAGCUUUGCUCAGUGACAUCCUUGCCUCUGGCUUAAAUACCACAUUGAAGGGCAAUAUAGAUGUUAGUCUCACGCAAUAAUGAAGGAGUAAAUUUUCAAAAAUGUCUUUGUCAUGAUGUUUAGAUCAAUAUCCCUUGGAAUAUAACAUUGACCUGGAAGGUAUUAAUUCCAGUCAUGAUGUAGUCUUAAUAAUUAGGAAACAUUUCUCUUGUUUUCUUACUCUAAUUGUUGGACUAUCUCCCUCAAGAACCUUCAUGUCAAUUCAAUAUUGAUGUCAGCCAAUGGGUGACCUUACACAAGUGAUUCCACUCACAAUAGCACUUUGCAUUUAGCAAAAAGAAGGUCUGCAGAUGCUGGAAGCUAGCGUCAAUAAAUGUGGAGCUAGAAAUACACAGCUGUUCAGUCAGCAUCAGAGGAGCAGGAAAUUCAAUGUUUUGGGCCAAAGCUCUUCAUCAGGACAAUACUUUGCGCUUAUAUUGUUUCUUUAACAUGUUAAAAUGUCUCAUUGAUUCAUAGGAUCAUUAACACACAAUAACAAUUGGAAACCUACCCAAAGCAGCCAGGACAGGUGACUAUAGAUUUAGGAGACAGUGAGCAACAGAGAGAUAGGAUUCCAGAGUGUAAACUCUACAUAGCCAAAGGCCCAGAUACCGAUGCUGGUGCAAAUAAACAGUCUGUGCAUAAGGCCAGAACUGGGAGAGUGCAGAUAUCUUGGCUGCUUGCAGGGUUGGCAGUGACUCCAGAGCCAGGGAGAAGAAAACCGUGGAGGAUGAAAGUCAAGAUUUGGGAGCCUGUGUUGGACCGGUAUAUAGAAGCAAUGUGCAAACAGGACUUGGGAACGCGAAGUAGGAUUUCAGAUGAAUUGUUUUGAUGGAGUGCGGACAAUAGAAGCUGACUAAGUCUGUUUUGGAAUUGUCAAGUCUGGAGAUAUCAAGGACAUAGGUGAAUUGUCUGUUUGUGAGUUUGCAGAAGAGGAUUCAGUGCCUGUAGUACUGUAGCGCAGUGUGAGUCAGCUCCAUUUACAUAUAGGGGAAUAAACUGAGUUACUCUAAGUGGUAUUUGUGAUUCUGUUCAUUAAGCAAGGAUUGGUCAUAAUGAUGAAUUCAUUAUAAAAUCCAAUGUAGACUGGUGCACUCACCCUUGAGAUGUUUGGACAUUCCUAGAUACAGUGCAGUGUCUAUUUUUAUCGGUGUUGUCUAGCAGCAUUUUCAAAACCCAGUGUGGUAAGGUUAUUGUUGUGAAAAGCCUGGAUUAAAGACGGGUGUCACAGUAGGAUUUGGUUUGAUUUAUUAUUGUCACAGUUACCUAGCUAUGGUGAAAAGUUUUGUUUUGCAUGCAGUACAGGCAGGUCACACCAUGCAAAGAGCAUAGGGUAAUAGGACAAAGCAAGGAAUACAAUGUUAUGGCUGCAUAGAAGGUGCACAAAGAGCGAGAUCAACGUUAAAUUUAAAAUUUGAGAGGUCCAUUUAAUAACAGCGGGGAAGAAGCUGUUCUUGAACCUGUUGGUACAUGUGUUUAAGCUUUUGUAUCUUCUGCCGAUGGAAGAGGUUGGAAGAGACUACAACUAGGGUAGGAGAGGUCUUGAUGACUGCCUUUCUGAGGAGUCAGUGGAUGGAAGGUUGGCUUGCAUAAUGGUCUGGGUUGUGUUUGCAACUCUCUGUAGUUUCUUACUGUCCUGGGCAGAGCACUUGCUGUACCGAGCUGUGAUGCAUCGGGACAGAAGGCUUUCUACGGUGUAUCUAUAAAAUUGGUAAGUGCCUUAAUGGACAUACCACAUUUCCUCCACAAGAGUUUUCAGUGACUACUGGCCUCUUCAAUGGUUAAAAUCUCACACAGCCAGCUUUGUUAUUUUUCCCUUUUAAAUUCAAGAAUGCUUGUGUAAAAUGAAAUACAGUGUGGCUUUCAUAUUUCCCACCUCCAGUCUGACCAACAAUGAGGCAUAGAAAAGCCAGGAAGAAAUGGAAAACUCAAGGGUUCAGAUUAAAGGUGACAGAGAGAUGGGAUAAAUUGAAAUUUCAAGAGGAAAUGACUGAAACAGAGCGCACCUCGUAAAAAUGAGGAGGAGGCAACCUAUCGAGUGGAGGAAUGCCAUUCAAGUUUUGCCGGGGGAGGGUGUGGAUAAAGAAAAGCAGUAUUAGUAGGGGACAGUACCAUGAGAGAGAUUGACACCGUUUGCCACAAAAAGAUUGUGAGUUCAGACAUUGCGAUGCCUGGCUGGUGCCAGGGUUCAGUACAUCAGCUUGGUGCUAGGCAGGAACCCAAGAUCAAGUUGGUGUGGCCCAUAUUCAUUUCAAUGACAUUGGUAGGACAAAGAAGAUUCAGCGUAGUCAGUAUGAGCAGCAAGGAAUCAGAUUAACAAACAGAGCCUCAACGGUCAUAAUCUGUGAUUUAUUACCUGAGCCAUGUGCAAAUGUCAGGGGGCACAGCGUUUCAGAAAGAUGAAUGCAUGGAUCAAAACCUGGUGUGGGAGAAGUUCCUCUUCUCGUUACUUGCUUUUCCCAGCCUCAUAACGUUUAAGAACUUCUCGAAUGAAUGAGUGAUUUUAUUGUCAUGUGUAUUUCACAA